AUGAACGAAUGCAAAAUGGAGCAAUUUCGAGAGAUUGGAGAGGUGUUAGGAAGCAUAAGAGCGUUAAUGGUGUUCAAGGACAACAUUCAAAUCAACCAGCGUCAAUGCACUCUGUUACUCGACCUCUUCACCGCAGCAUACGAUUCGAUUUCCGAAUCAAUGAGAUCGAAUCUACGCUUCGGAGAGAAGACCACUAAAUGGAAGAUUCUAGAACAACCCUUGAGGGAGCUUCUAUGGGUGGUGCGAGAAGGGGAGGCUUACGUUAAGAUGUCGUUAGAGCCUAAACUUGGUUUUUGGGCUAAAGUUAUCUUAUUACAACACAAUAGAGAUAGCACAGAGCUUCACAUUCAUAACUUGCUCUCUUGUCUACCGACCAUCAUCGAGGCUAUUGAGCUGGCGAGUGAGGUUUCAGGGUGGGAUGAAGAAGAGAUGAACAAGAAGAGACUAAUGCAUUCCAACAAGUACAUGAAGCAAUGGAAGGACUCUCAGAUGUUUACGUGGAAGUUCGGGAGAGAGUAUUUGGUGACCGAUGAUCUCUGCAGUCGGUAUGAGAGUGCUUGGAGAGAAGACAGAUGGAUUCUAACGAAGCAGCUUCAGGAGAAGAAGCGUCCCGGUUCGAGCAAACACGACAGGAAGAUGGCUGAUUUCGUUUUGAAGAACUUAAACGAGAGUCCAGAGCUGUUUCCGUCUUGUAUUCUGGUUAGCACGAAAGAUUACCAAGUGAAGAAGAGAUUAGGGAACGGGAACGGAAGUCAGUACAAGGAGAUUAGCUGGUUAGGGGAGAGCUUUGCGCUUAGGCAUUUCUUUGGGGACAUCGGUGCUUUGCUACCUCAGGGAACGCCGCCGUCUAUUAGAGACUUGCAGGUGAUGAUGUGGCUCGGAGCUUUGACUCUCUUUCUCGCCAACUUCGCUUCCUCCGCCAGAUUACCGAUCGUCGAAGCCACCGCCGAUUCCGUCGUCUUCAUAUCCUCCAGCUAA